AUGUCAUCACAGCUGCCCCCACAAGUCAUGCUGGCACUCCAGCAGCUUCUCCAAGGCCUCGCAUCUAGCGAUAAUGCCACCAGGACACAGGCAGAAGAGAGUUUGGGCAAAGAAUGGAUAGCCAAAAGUCCGGAAAUGCUCUUGUCUGGGCUUGCUGAGCAAGUCAGAGUAGCAGAUGAUCCUGCUGCUCGAGCUUUUGCCGCAGUACUAUUCCGAAGAAUAGCGGCCAAGACUCGAACAGAAGGGUCCCAACCACAGGAGAUGUACUUGACAUUGCCCUCAAAUGUGAUGGUGUAUAUACGGGAGCUAUUGCUACAAUGUUUUGCCGAUGAAACGGAAAAGUCCUCAAGGAAUAAGAUUGGUGAUGCAGUAGCGGAAGUGGCUAGGCAGUUGACUGAUGCUAAUGUGGCAUGGCCUGAGCUUUUGAAUGUGUUGUUUCAGGCUAGCAAACUACCUGACCCAAGCCAUCGAGAGGGUGCCUUCAGAAUUUUUGCUACAACCCCCGGUAUCAUCGAAAAACAGCAUGGAGAACUCGUGAAUGGGGUUUUUGUGGCCGGCUUCGAAGACGAUAAUUUGAGUGUGAGGAUAGCAGCUAUGGAAGCAUUCUCUGCAUUUUUUCGAUCAAUCAGGAAGGCUGCACAAAAGGGGUUUUACCCAUUACUUACUCAUAUCCUCAACGUUUUACCGCCAAUUAAAGACGCCCAGGAUACCGAAAACCUCUCCAGGGCACUCAUGGCGCUUAUAGAUUUGGCAGAACUUGCUCCACUAAUGUUCAAACCACUGUUCAAUAAUGUAGUUAAGUUUGGGAUUUCGGUGGUUCAAGAUAAGGAUUUAGGAGAUCAAGCGCGACAAAACGCAUUGGAGUUGCUGGCUACAUUCGCUGAUAACGCGCCAAUAAUGUGCAAAAAGGAUCCUAUUUACACUUCGGAGAUGGUGACACAGUGCUUGAGUUUAAUGACCGAUAUCGGUAAUGACGAUGACGACGCAAGCGAAUGGAACGAAUCUGAUGAUCUCGAUAUGGAUGAAAGUGACCUUAACCACGUUGCUGGUGAGCAAUGUAUGGAUCGCCUAGCAAACAAACUUGGAGGCUCCGUGCUACUUGCGCCAACAUUCCAAUGGCUACCUAGGAUGAUGACCUCAUCUGCGUGGCGUGAUCGCCAUGCUGCUUUGAUGGCCAUCUCUGCCAUUUCAGAAGGUUGUAGGGACAUGAUGGAACAAGAGUUAGACAAAAUUUUGGAUUUGGUUGUCCCGGCAUUGAGAGACGCCCAUCCUCGCGUAAGGUGGGCAGGAUGCAACGCCUUGGGCCAAAUGAGCACAGAUUUUGCUGGCCCGAUGCAGGAAAAGCAUCACCAGGUCGUUCUAAGCAACAUUAUCCCUGUUCUGGAAUCUCCUGAGCCAAGAGUCCAGUCUCAUGCUGCAGCUGCUUUAGUCAACUUCUGCGAGGAGGCCGAGAAGGAGAUCUUGGAGCCCUAUCUUGACGAGCUCUUGCGGUGCUUGCUGGCCCUGCUGACCAAUGAUCAGAAACGCUAUGUCCAGGAGCAGGCAUUGUCAACGAUUGCUACCAUUGCGGACUCAGCAGAAGCUGCGUUCUCCAGAUAUUAUGAUACAUUAAUGCCUCUACUUUUCAACGUUUUGAACAGACCGCAAGAUCCUGAAUCGAAGGACCUUCGACUAUUGAACGCUAAGGCUAUGGAGUGCGCUACUUUGAUCGCUUUGGCUGUUGGAAGGGAAAGAUUGGGCGAUGAUGCGGUUCAGUUGGUUCAGGUUCUCGGUCGUAUUCAACAAAAUGUAACUGAUCCCGAUGACCCACAAGGGUCCUACCUGCUUCACUGCUGGGGCCGUAUGUGCCGUGUUAUGGGCAAUGAUUUCCUGCCAUAUCUUACCGCUGUUAUGCCACCUCUUCUGGAGCUUGCUAGCGCAAAGGCAAAUGUUCAAUUGCUUGAUGAUGACGAGCACAUUGCACAGGUGGAACAAGAAGAGGGCUGGGAACUUCUCCCUGUCCGAGGUAAAUACAUUGGUAUCAAGACAUCUGCAUUGGAUGACAAGUAUAUGGCUAUCGAGCUCUUGGUUAUCUAUGCCCAACAGUUGGAGGCUGCAUUCGAGCCUUACGUCAAUACCGUGAUGACAAACAUUGCUCUUCCUGGUCUUGGUUUCUUCUUCAACGAUGCAGUUCGUGUGGCCUCGGCGAGAUGUGUGCCUCAACUCCUUAACUCAAUAAAGAAAGCCCACGGGCCUUCUUCCCGGCAACUGGCAGAAAUUUGGCAACCCACAGUUCAUAAGAUUCUCGAAGUGCUCAACUCGGAACCUGCUGUUGAGACAUUGGCUGAGCUGUACCAAUGCUUCUAUGAAUCAGUCGAAGUUGUUGGGCGGGGUUGCUUAACCCAGGAGUUGAUGGCUACCUUUAUCGAGCGCGCAGAAAAUGCUUUGAUAGAAUACCAAGGACGAGUGGUUGGACGACUGGAAGAACAAAGCAAACCGGAGGAGGAGAGGGAAGAUACUGAAGAAAUGCUUUAUGCUAUUGAGGAUGAUCAGACUCUUAUUUCGGACAUGAACAAGGCUUUCCACACAGUCUUUAAGAACCAGGGUGUAUCUUUCUUACCUCAGUGGGAACGGUUGCUCCCUUACUAUGAUGCUUUUAUCACCAAUGCGGAUCCUACUCAGAGACAGUGGGCACUUUGCAUGAUGGAUGAUGUUCUUGAGUUCUGUGGACCGGAGGCGUGGAAGUACCAAGCUCACUUCGUCCAGCCUCUAAUCGAUGGAUUGUCAGAUAAUAUCCCUGCAAACAGACAGGCAGCAGCCUAUGGUGUCGGUAUCGCCGCGAAAAAUGGUGGUCCUCUCUUUUCUGAUUUUGUGGCUGCUACUAUUCCGAAGCUGUUUGAGGUUACCCAGCACCCACAAGCUAGGUCGGAUGACCAUGUAUUUGCUACUGAAAACGCGUGCGCCUCAAUUGCAAAGAUUCUUCACUUCAAUAACAGCAAGGUCGCCGACGUUCAAGCCGUAGUUCAGGCCUGGGUAUCAACCUUACCAAUAGUGAAUGAUGAUGAGGCAGCACCGUUUGCGUACACAUUUUUGGCCGAGUUGAUCGAUCAAAAAAACCCGGCUGUGAUGAAUCAAGUCCCACAGAUCUUCGAUUCUGUUCUCCAGGCGCUGGAUGCCGAGACUAUUCAAGGACAAACCGCAGAGAGAGUCGUUGCAGUUACGAAGAACUUGUUCAGCACUGCGGGGGUCUCAAUCUCUCAGAUUCUAGGCUCAAUGCCUGUUGAGCGACACAACGCGGCUCGCCGUUAUUUCGCAUAA